AUGGUUGGGCGAGACUGGGUGGACGGUAGCCGAAACAGUAGAGGGGGGGAUGAAAUUGACGACCUGGAUAACGCGGUGGGAAAUGGAGUAGUGAUCAUCCGAGAUCAUGAACCAGUCUCCCGGGGAGGCAGAGGUGGAGUGAGGGGAUCGGAGUCCGGCCCACCAGGGGGGCUUGAUGGCCUCAAUGAGAUCCGGGAGGAGGCGAGUGGCGUCGUCGUGGAAUUCCUCCGGAAGUUGGGAGCAGAACUCCUGAGCCGAGAUGGGCCAGACGUCAAAGUUUGUAAUUCGGACAAUGUGUCCAAUGCGGAGUUGUCGUAUAAGCAGGAAGCGCUCGUGUUGGCGGGUGCCGAAAGGUCGCUCGUCGGGCUUGAGGAGCAGCCGGUUAAAGGCGAGGGGUUCGGUGAGGAUGCAUUGCAUUCGUAA